AUGGCGGGCCACGGCCUUCUGGCGCUGGCGCUGGCGCUGGCGGCGACUGCGGCGUCUCCCGCGGCCGCUGACGAGGACGACAGCACCUUCCCGGCGAAGUUGUCCCUCAAGCUGCUGGGUGACCUCGACGGCUGUCUGGAGGACUUCGCAGAGUCCGUGGCGGACGAGCUGGAGCUGCAGGGGAGCGGCUGGUCACGGCUCGAGGCCGACCUGGACGGCGUGCUGGCCCAGCUGGAGGCAGGGCUCACGGCGGAGCGCCCAGAGGCGCCGCUCAGAGACGCAGCGAGCGAGGAGGCGGUCUCGGAUCCCGUGGCGGACGGGCGGAGGCCGCACCGGGGCGAGCGAGCGCCAGAGGAGCCGGAGGAAGUGGUCGGCCCAGCGGUCGUCAUAGAUUUGACGCCAAUCCGGGAACGCGGCGGCAGCUUCAGGGCCGACUCGACGACAACCCCGAGGCGGGCUGACUACACGAAUCGGUAG